GUAAGUCCGGCCGGCAGUAUAGAGGUCAAACCUAUUUUCCAUAGCAACAGAAGCCGACGAUGCGGGAUGUGCCAUCUGAGGAAAAGGGGAAGAGCAGUCAGUUGUCACUGGGACGACACGAUUCCAACCACGAAAUGAAGAGAGCUGAACUAUGGAAAUGGAAUUUGUGGCUAAACGGUGCGGAGUGAGGUUUGACCCACCUUCCAUAGUGUUGGUCUACGAAGAUGGUAAAACCAAGAAGAUACGCCAAAGAAUCAUGCCAGUGAGAAACUUCUCAAAAUAUUCAGACUGCAGCCAGGCGGCGGAGCGUCUGAAGAACAACACGCGGCACAGGGCCUACCUGCGGGACGUCACCUCGCGGCAGCUGGAGAGGCUGCACGUGGUGCUGCGGGACCGUCUGCUAGGCCGCACCCUGGAGCAGAGCCUGGCCUCUCUCCGCCUGGACCCCAACCAAGACCUCAACAAGCUGAGCGACGAGGAGCUGGCCCGCAAGAAGGCCCAGAUGGACGUGCUCUUCGAGCGCAACCGCAAGUGCAAGGACGACCCCGACUUCGUGUACGACCUGGAGGUGGAGUUCCCCGAGGCGGACGACCAUGAGACCUGCAGCUGGGACGAGUCUGAGGACGGCUUUUAGCGUGCCGCCUCGGACCGCGGUUACCGACUCUUUCCCGUAGGAUGCAGCUGAGUCACGGGCUGUGUUUGAAACCGCAUACUUGGCAUACUACUCAUACUACAUCCAUCCAUCCAUCCAUUAUCUGAACCCGCUUAUCCUGAACAGGGUCGCAGGGGGGCUGGAGCCUAUCCCAGCAUACAUUGGGCGAAAGGCAGGAAUACACCCUGGACAGGUCUCCAGUCCAUCGCAGGGCACACACACCAUUUACUCACACACUCAUACCUAUGGGCAAUUUAGACUUUCCAAUCAGCCUAUCCUGCAUGUCUUUGGACUGUGGGAGGAAACUAGAGUACCCGGAGGAAACCCAUGAAAGCACGGGGAGAACAUGCAAACUCCGCACAGAGGCCCCGGCCGACCGGGAUUCGAACCCAGGACCACCUUGCUGUGAGGCGGCAGUGCUACCCACUGCACCAUCAUACUACAUUUCAAUGAAAAUCUGCCUUAAAAUAACAGUACAUUUAAUAUGAGUAGUUUGCUAGUAUGUGGUUUCUAACACAGCCAUGCUCAAAAAGGUGCUAGAAGUUGGUUAAUGACUUCAUAUGUUCAUUUUGUAGAUCUAUGACAUUUUUAUUUGUACUCAUUUUCACAUGUGAACAUAUAUUGCAUGACACAGGGUAUUACAUUUUGUGUGUUGCAUUUUAAGAUUUUAUGAAAGGAUGCCUAUGAUAGAAUAUUUUAUUUCACAUAUUACGGGUGUAUUAUUGUAUUUUAUAAAUGUCGCUAGGCUUAAAAAAAAAAAAAAGUCACUAAAAAGGUCUGAAAAGUUGCUAAAUCUAGCAACAAAGUCAAGUGGACAAUAGUGCCUCAGACCUAUGAGGUUUAGGGCAGCUGUUAAUGUACCUUGGUGAAAUGCUGACUGAGAAUCCUAAAAAGUACUUCAGUAUACCACAAAUGUUUGUGCUUGGAGACCAGGUGAUGUCAGUCCCUCCUCUUUGCAUUCAAAAGGAAAUGUGAUAAUUGGCAUGAAAAGCUAUAUUUGAAAUGGGUGGGUAACACUGGCCACAGUUAGACAGUCUCAGCUGUGUAAGUGCACAUUUCUCAAAAAUAUCAUUUG